AUGUUCUCGACCCUGGAUACGGAACGAUUCGCAAACAGAAACCCGUCGGACGAGCAUCAUGGGUUCCUAUUUGACUCUGUGCAAGGCGAGGGGAAAUACAAGCGUGUGACGAACGGGACAUACGGCCGAAGUGGAGCCCCGGCAGCAGACAAGUAUCUCAAAACAGGAGCAACGUUCAGUAGUGACUGCUUCGACGAUGACGUUCGGGCCGCAGAAGCAGCCCUAAAAUACAUUGCUGCCUUUCAUCGAUACACAGAGACAACCGUGUAUCGUGGAAAGAUCUCGAUCAAGGUGAACAUCCCUCAAGUAUGGAUGCAGAGCGGCGGAGUCCUUGUUGGGCAAAAAAUGCUCAGGGAGCCAUUUAUUGAAAACUUCCAAAAGUUCAACUCAAACAGCGGUGCUGCUGAUGUGACUGCUACCGUAGCACAAGCGCUUAGCCACUUUUCAUAUCAUGCAUCUGAUGGAAGAGAGCUCCUCUGUGAUUUGCAGGGAGGCAAAAUCGGUGAUUCUUAUGUUCUCUCCGACGUGGUCAUGAUGAGCAUGGAAAAGAAGUUUGGCAACACAGACUUGGGUUCGACUGGCAUCGAAAACUGGCUCAGUGCACAUAGAUGCAAUCAGUUCUGUUGCUCUGGUUGGAAGAAUUGGAGUGGAGCUAGGCAGCACUUUCAGCCCGUGUUUUCAACAACGACAACUUUGGAAGCUGCAACCGCCCCCGCAAUUGGCCCAGAAUGUGUCCGCGUCCGCCCAUCCGCAAUCAUGUUCACGCACGAUAGCAUCAAGGACGGAUUUCAAGAUGGGCAUAGCCUUCUUCAAACGGCCUUGCAGAUAGCCCGCGAAGAGGUCGGAAAGCGAGACAUUCCUAUGAUUGCCGUUGUUCGUGUUGGCGAUGGCAGGUUGUUUGCUUUGGACAACCGAAGGCUCGCGGUGUUUCGGUUGCUGGAGAUGUGUGGAAGAGUUGGUACGAUCAAGGUAGAGAUUGUACUCGUUUGGACGAGGUGGGCAGAUGAAUGGAAGCGGAAAGUCACCACCCGAAACGGCGGGAUUUCAGUCCUCAUUCGAGGUGGGCGCUAUCGGAUUGGCCGCAAUGAACAGGAGACUAACUACCCUCAUACUUGGUUGCAACAGAUCCGAAAGGAAAGAGACCUGAAAAUGAUGCCCGAUGAUCACUUUUCUAUCUUCCUUGGCACUUUCACUGAUGAGUAG